GAACUGCUGCCGCUGAUCAUGGCGCGAAUCCUCGCGCUGUCAGCCAUGGUGGCGGCCGCGACCGCCUUCCUCCAACCCCCACAACGCAUCGCGCGCACCGCGCUGCGCGCGGAGAGUUUGAACCGCGGGAGCAAGCCGCCCAUGUCCGACGCGGACAAGGAGGCGGCCAUGAAGCGCAUGGGCUACGUCUUCGACGCGUCGCGCAACACGUGGACGCGGCCGCCGCCGAACCGGCCGGCGCGGAAGCCGGCCAUCGCGCGGUCGCCGGCGAGCGCGCGGCUGCUCGAGGUGCGCCUCGGCGACGGCGCGUCGGACGAGGACGUCGCCGCGGCGCGCGGCGCCGCGGACAAGUUCAAGGGCGCCCUGAAGGCCGCCGGCGCCGUCGAGGCCGCCGCGCCGACGCCGCGCCAGACGCUGGAAGCCCUGGGCAUGAGUCUGGCGGCGGCCAAAGUCGUCGGCCCCGUAGCUUUAGCGCUGGCCCAGCUCGGCCUCUGGGCGCUGUGCCGCGACGCGGCCGCGGAUUUCGUCGUCGGCGACUUCUUCGCCGGCGACGUCCUCCCCGCGUCCCUCGGCGACUGGCGCCUCGCGGGCCUGGCGGCGGCCUUCGCGGUCUUCGGCGCGGACCCGACGGCGUCGGCGCGGCCGUGGAACGCGCGCGCGCUGAGCGGCGCGCUCGAGGGCGUCGCGGCCGACGCGGCGUCCGGCGGCGCCCUGCGCCUGCCCGCGCCCGACGCCUGGCGCGCCUCCGAGCCGUCCUGGCGCGCCGCGGCCGCGGGGCUCGACCUCCUCGCGGCGUGUCCCCGCGUCGCGGCGCUGCACGGAGCGAUGCAGGCGCAGCUCUGGGCCGAGCUCGCGGCGACGCAGCCCUUCCGGGACGCCCGGGGCGACGCCUGGGUCGCCGUCGGGGCGUGCGCCGCCGUCGCGGCCUUCGCGGCCGCCGCGGACGCCGUGGCGGCCGAGCGCGGCGACGCGGUCCUCGACGCGGAGCGCGCCGCCGUCGCCGCGUCGCUCGACGACCACGACGGCGACCCGGUCUACGGCGCGCUCUGCGCCGCCUGGCUCGCGGAGUUCCCCAGCGGCGGGAGGGGGGGGGACAGGCUCGCGCCCGCGGCCGCCGGCGGCCGCGCGGCGGCCGCGGCCGGCGCCUACGCGCUCACGGGCGCCCUCGCCGCGCCCCUCGCGCUCCACGCCCUCGCCGCCGCCGUCGCCGUCGCCGCGCCCCUCGCGCCGGACGCCGACGACGCCCCGGACCCGGACCGCUGCGUCGUCACCAUCGAGUGACCGACCGAGGGUUCCCCUUGCACAUAACGCCCCCUUGGAU